UCAGAUUGACUCUCAGAUUCACCUGGCAUCGGCGCGGCAGAUUGGGUUGCCAGAAAUCGGAUUCAUUCAGGAUUGAGUUGGACAUCUUCCGGAAAGUCAGAGUUGUCUUCCAUCGCUCCACUUGUUCCUGGAUUUGAGCGCUUCUUCCCAAGACGACAAUGGCUCCCGUGGAGGAGGCGAAAUCAUCACGCCGCUUCAACUUCAGCGCUGGCCCCGCGAUGCUGCCGGACCUUGUUCUGGAUAAAAUCGUGGAGGAGCUUGGUGACUAUGAGGGUUUGGGCAUGAGCAUAUUGGAAAUGGGGCACCGAGACGCAGGUGGACCCGUCCAGCAAGUCUUGCAAGAGGCGACCGAUUGUGUUCGGCACUUGCUACGGGUUCCGGCGAACUAUGCGGUGAUUUGGCAACAGGGUGGUGCCCACGGACAGUUUGCGGCUGUGCCCUUAAACCUCCUUGGUGACAAGACACAGGCCGACUAUGUUGAUACGGGGGUUUGGUCCAAGAGGGCAAUGAAUGAAGCGGGAAAGUUUUGCACCACGCGAAUUUGUGCAGAAGUGCGGGAGAGGCAGGGGAAAGCGGAGGUCCCACCGGUGUCGGAAUGGGAUUUGUCUGACAAAUCUGCCUAUGUACAUAUUUGUGCAAAUGAUACGAUCAGUGGAGUGGAAUUCCUUGAGGAUCCAGAUGUCGGUGAUCGACUCCUUGUGGCAGACUUUACCUCGACUUUGCUGUCGAGACCGGUGAACAUCUCAAGAUAUGCUGCGUUGUACUGCUCUUCAGGGAAGAAUUUGGGGCCAGCAGGCGUUUGCCUUGUCAUCGUUCGCCGCGACCUUCUGGACAUGGCUUUGCCACGGACUCCAAUGAUUUUGCAUUGGAAAGCAUCAGCUGACACUUCACCCGUCGCAUCACUGGUGAACACGCCGCCAGUGUUCGCGAUCUAUGCUUGUGGCCAUGUUCUCAAGGGGCUGCGCAGGUCCUUCGGCGACUGCGGUACCCUGGAUACCGUCAGGCAACGGGUCACCCGCAGAGCGGAUGAUGUUUACAAGAUCAUCGACGAAUCUGAGGGGUUCUACAUCAACAAGGUGUCAUCUUCAUAUCGUUCCCAAACAACCAUUUGCUUCACCUUUGGCAGAGAUGCUGCUAAUCAGCGCGAGUGGGCUGGCAGUAUCACAGCCAAAGUGAAGUUGACGGAGCUUGAAGAGGCUUUCAUGAAAGAAGCCAAAGAGCGCGGAAUGAACGGCCUCGAAGGGCAUCCAGCAUUCGGUGGCAUCCGCAUUUGCCUUUACAAUGGCUUGCCUGAUAAAGCUGUUGAUGAGGCAUGUUAGCCGAGAGUGCCAGCAAAUUCCCUGGGCCGCUAGACUCUGCAGGUAUCGACCACAUCAAGUCGACAUCGGGAAUGAUGAUGGCUGUUGAAGGUGCUCCUUCUCUUGCAGGAUUUUGCCGUGGCCUUCGGUGGGAAAGCCAUUUGCGCGUUCAAACACGGUGGACUUUGUAACUGCAAGGCCUGUCAGUUCGACAGGGAAGCAAGUAAAUUGGAAGAUCUUUGGAGAGUACCUCGACUCGCUCCAACACGGAUGCGCUGAUCUGAGGACAGAGAAGCAGAUGCGGAGGUGUUGUCGAAGACAGACCAGCUGGAUAAGAUUGAGAGGAUGUGAACAGAUGGCAGGUGCAUUGCAUCAUACCUCCGAAGAAACCCGUUGAAAUUGAUGCCUGUUGAGAACUUUUGCACAGUUUGCCC